ACCAGCCCUGCCGUGAAUACAGUCGAUCGAUGACAGAAAUUUCGAGUUGUUUUUCCAUUUUGCUGCUGAAAUUUCGCUAGUCAUUCUGUGCUUCUCACUGUUUAUCAGUUUAUGCCGUUUAGAUUUUUCCGACCCAUUCUUCAUCCUCGUUAUUUCUCUACACACUCCUCUCUGAAAAUGCCUGCUGCUAACGGUGAAAAGAAGCAUUUCGGGAAAGGUUCAUCGGAACCCAAACUGGACGAAAACCAACUGCGUCUUUUCAGCAUGCGAUUCUGCCCGUACGCCGAGCGGGCUCGCCUGACGCUGAACAUCAAGAAAAUCCCGUAUGAAAUUGUAAAUAUCAACUUGACCGAGAAACCGGAAUGGUACAUGGCCCAUCACAACCCACUGGGCAAGGUGCCGACACUGCAUGAGCCCGGGAAGCCGAAACCGGUCUUUGAGUCGCUGAUCGUCGCCGAGUACGUCGAUGAGCAUUUCCCCAAUGAGCCGAAACUGUUGCCGAAAGACGAGUACGAAAAGGCUCGUCAGAAAGUGGCUAUCGAAGUCAUUACUCAGAAGUUUAUCAACAAUUUGAACGCCGUUGGCGCUAAGGGUGACAAAGAGAAAGUCGAGGAGCUGAAAAAGGGCCUGAAAGAAGUGGAGGAAUCAUUGACUGGUCAAUAUUUCGCAGGCGACAAGAUGGGUUUCGUGGACGUGAUGAUUUGGCCGUGGUUCGAACGUAUCGCGCCGGUGUGAAGUGCGCAGUGUCGAUCUGAAGAUGGAGCGCGACUAUCCUAAACUGCACGCCUGGAUGCAGAAGAUGCUGAAGGAGCCGGCCAUCGCCGACAUCGUCUUUCCGUCGGAAAUCAUGGUGCCGUUCAUCAAGAGCGCCUACGUGGAUGGCAAAGCCAACUACGAUAUCGGACUGUAAACGGCACAAAUGCAUCUCAUUAUCUCCGCUCUCUGUUUAUCGCUGCUUGCCUGUCGUUCAUUUUCGAAGGAUAAUUACGGGAGUUUUCUCAUAACUGGUGAUGGAUCUUGCGGUUGUGCGCUUUGUCUGACGUCUCAUAGUUUUUGUUAACUGUUCGGAUUUUUAUUGUGUAAGCGCAGAUAAUAUGUGCUCUUCUGGCAGUGAGCAGGUAUUGGUGUUUAAGCGUUCCGGUUUACCAAUUAUAUGGCUAGCUGAAUAGAAAAUUCCUCAAUUGAUUUGUUUCAGUUUCUGCAACUAUAUGUUUUCUUUAGGUCAGUGUUUGAGUAAAAACCGCGUUGA